GACUCAACACUGGAUUCGCGGGUUUUUCGCUGUGUUUUUCAAUGGCAAAAGUACUCAAGCAGGAAUCUUCGGUAGGCCUACAAGUUCCGAUCAUGUUCGCACCGCCGGACGCGUUUUUUGGGGAGCUGUUUUCAAUGGCUGGAGUCGACCGCUUCGGUAAAAGCAAACGACUCAAGGCCACUUAGUGUGACAGAGCUAUAGCAUCUCAACAUCAGGGCACGUUUGCUAGUGGAGGAAAGAUGCAAUUGCAGUUAGCAUUGACGAACCUUCACUUCACGUCGGUGGUAGUGGUACUUGCACCCUGAUCAGGCUGUCUUGUGGUGAGCAGAACGGUGUAAUAGGAGAGCUCCUAUCCGGACUGCGCACGUGAGAGAGCCUCCACUCCGUGGCAGCACAAGGAGCGAGCGGUGUGCGAUAACUGACCCCGCAGGAAAAAAACGCAUAAUCUCACCGCAAACGCUGCUCAAGUUAGGGUAACUGCGUGUAACCUGUCCCCGAAGCUGGGCUUUUUGCAGAUCUCAGGAUGGCGAAAGCUGAAGUGCAAGCAAACGGAGAGAUGUCGGUGACUGUGACGCCUCUCGAGGAGAAUGCGAACAGCAUGGAUGUCGAAAUGCAAGUUAACGAUGAUCGCGGAGGCUGGGGUAACAAGCUCGAGUUUAUUCUUGCUACUGUUGGCUAUGCCGUAGGACUAGGCAAUGUUUGGCGAUUUCCUUAUCUGUGCCAGAAAAACGGUGGAGGUGCAUUUCUCAUCCCGUACGUGCUAUGCCUGGCUCUACUCGGGAUUCCUUUGUUCUUUAUGGAGCUUGCUAUUGGUCAAAGCGUGCGUCAAGGCUCGGUCGGGGUCUGGAACUAUAUCCAUCCCUACCUGGGAGGGGUGGGGAUCUCAUCUGUUAUCGUCUGCUUCCUUGUUGCUGUAUAUUAUAACAUGAUUAUUGCGUGGUGUUUCUAUUACCUUUUUGCCUCCUGGCAGUCUCCUCUUCCGUACAGCUAUUGUCCGCAAGUUCUCACAAAUAGCUCUGACAUAACAAGUUAUGACCUUCCCGAGUGUGGGCUCGCUGGACGUACCCAGUACUACUGGUACCAGAAUGCACUAAAAAUAGCGCCGACUAUUGAUGAGAGUGGCGGGCUAGUGUGGCCCAUGUGCCUGUCUUUGCUGCUCGCUUGGAUCGUCGUCUUUUUGUGUAUGAUGAAAGGCGUGCAGUCUGCAGGCAAGGCUGUGUAUUUCACCGCGACGUUCCCUUAUCUAGUUCUCAUCAUCUUCUUCGGUCGUGGCGUCACUCUAGAGGGAGCCGGACCAGGCGUCGCGCACAUGUUCAAACCACAGUUCGAAAAGCUGGCGGACCCUCGCGUGUGGCUCGAGGCAGCCACGCAAAUCUUCUACUCUCUGGGCGUGGCAUUCGGUGGUCUGAUCGCCAUGUCGAGCUAUAACCCCGUGCAUAAUAACUGCCUUCGUGACGCCGUCAUGGUAUCGCUCAUCAACUGCGGCACGUCUGUCUUCGCGAGUAUCGUCAUCUUUUCCAUUCUCGGAUUCAAGGCGCACGAGACCUUCACCGAGUGUAUCGAGCUCUACACCAAGGACAAUGUGACGUUACCAGGCAACCAGACUGUCGGCGAGGCAUGCAAGACGCUGGAAUACUGGCUUGGUCAGUCUGCAGAGGGGCCUGGUCUGACUUUCAUUGCGUUCACCGAGGCGAUCGUCAAGAUGCCCGCACUCUCGCCACUUUGGGCCACGCUCUUCUUCUGCAUGCUUCUCACCCUUGGCCUCGGCUCCAUGUUUGGGACCCUGGAGGGCGUGAUUACCCCCGUGUACGACGCCAAACUUGUGUCGUGGAGAAAGGAGUUUGUCUCGGGCGCCAUCUGUCUCGUGUCGUUCCUGCUUGGACUGCUGUUCUGUCAGAAUUCGGGCGAGUACUGGCUGCAGAUGUUCGACUCGUUCUCUGGAACCCUCCCCCUCCUUGUCAUCGGAAUGCUGGAAAUGAUCGGAGUGUGCUGGGUGUACGGAUCCAAGAGGUUUGAGGACGAUAUCGAAUACAUGAUCAGCAAGCGGCCUAACUGGUACUUCAAGAUCACGUGGAGGUACGAGGCACCGGUCGUCGUGGCAGGGAUAGUGGUUGCGAGUUUGGUGGGCAUGAUAUCCAAACCGAUCACAUACUCCGCAUGGUCUAACUCUGAGUCGAAAGUUAUCGACACCGAGUACCCCGGUUGGGGUCUGGGUUGCAUUGCUGUCAUCAUCGCCGUGUCCAUCCUACCCAUCCCACUAGUGUUUAUCCUACGGCGAUUCGGUUUUACUAAAUACGAGAGGCAGACCUCUAAGGGGGCGGAGGAGAACAUCGUCCCCCCCGGGGCCAUGACCCCUAACCUUACCCGGGUGCCGAUCACUAUGACGGAGGAGCCAAUGGGAGGAGCCGAGGAUGAUGACGAUGAGAUGAGAAUCAACUGAUGAUGAAUCACCGAUAAUGAUUAUGCAUCUGGAAACGUGUUUGUAGGAGAAAGUUAUCUUUUUGGUGAUCGUUUUGAGCCUUUUGGAUAUUUUUCCAACGUUAAAAUGCACGACUUUUAUACAACUUGCUCAUUCAAGACCGAUUCUAGAUGUAAAUGACGAAUUUAGACGAUUUGAAUUGAACUGACGCAUCUCAAAUCGUGAGUGACCGUAUUUCUUAUCACAUCGCCUUUAGAAAGGAGAUGACGAAUCUGCUAAUAAGUUAUUGUGGGAAGAAGUAUAGGAUUUGCGUGUCUCUAGCGGACCACCAAGCAUAAAAUUGUAAAUUGAACAAGCCUUUUAAAUGAAGUAUAUAUUCUGAUAUCGUUGUUGAUUUACGUAUAAGCCGGUUAAAUUUGCUUUUUUUUAAAAAAAAAAUUUAAAUGAGUUCUAGAUAUUAAUUUGGAGUUGUGACUUGGAUUUCGAACGUUUACCCACCAUGCUUUGCGUUCGUAUUCCCGCUGUUCAUAAUGGGCGCGCAAAAUAUAAUUUAGACCAGCGAUGUGGUCCCUUUCUACAUUGGUAAAUCUAUUUUGAAUAUAUCCUCGUUUUUAGAGGAGAAUCUGAUGUAUCUACGAAAGAAGAAUUAGAGCGAUUUUAAACUCUAUCAGUCUAUCUUCACCAAAAGUACUCUAACAAAUCUUUAUAUAGCUUAUAAUCUAAAGUAAAGAAAAAGGUAGAUAGCAUAUACAGGCGGAUAGACAAUAAAUUUUGACGGUGUUUUUAUCGUGAUUUAUAUCAUACAAAUAAAACACAUCAGUGAAAUCAUA